AUGCAGGGGCUCCGGGGAGAGGAGUCCGAAAUUAUUGAGGUGUCGGUUACAGAGGCGAUCACGGAGACACCGGUCCUGACACCAACGGAUAUGUCACAAUUACGAUUCCUCAAGAAGAAUCCACCGCCAAUUCUAGCGGAGCCCCAAUUAAUGGGGCUUUUACAGAGGGAACGAUCACAUCUGCUUGGCCUCAUCGCGCCCUCACAGACGGAAAGACAACCGCUGGUCAAGGUGGGGAAGGUAGUGAUGACUGGCAAUGCAGCCUGUACAGGCCGAGUUCCAUGA